AUGGGCGACCCUUCAUCCCCUCCGUCUCACUCCCCUGAAGCCGCCGCCACCACGCCCACUCACCCUUCUUCUCGCAAAACCAAGGGCAAAGGUGGUCCAGACAACAACAAGUUUAGGUUUCGCGGGGUCAGGCAGCGAAGCUGGGGCAAAUGGGUGGCCGAGAUCCGUGAGCCCCGCAAGCGUACCCGCAAGUGGCUUGGCACUUUCGCCACCGCUGAAGACGCCGCCCGUGCCUACGACCGCGCCGCCCUCAUCCUUUACGGCUCCAGGGCUCAGCUCAACCUUCAGCCUUCUCUGCCUUCCUCUUCCUCCUCCGCUUCCUCCUCCUCUUCUCGUCCCUCCAGUUCUUCCUCCACUCAGACCCUCCGGCCCUUGCUCCCCCGUCCCCCCGCCGCCUCCGCCUUCUUGCCCUACGGCCUUUACAAUACGCAGUUUCUCUGCCCCGUCAACAACGCCCUGCAAGUGCAACAUCAUCCACAGAAAGUGGUGCAAUUAUAUGGGUCCCCGAAAUCGGAUGGUGGAAAUAAUACUAAUCUCGAUGACUCCACUGCAGCAGCAACCUCGUACCAGAACCAUAUUCAUGAUCAGCAUGCGUCCAAUCAGGAGCAGCAUGGUCUUAGUCACAGUCAGAGUGAUUGCAUGUACGAUGAUAUUAGUUCCUUGCUAGGAUCAGACUUGAUUUCUUCCCAGACUAUAAUAACGCCGCAGCGGGCGGCCACUCUGGAUCUGCCGGUAGCGGCGGGAGCAGUUAGCGUGGGAUCGCCGUCUAUGUGGUCGAUGACAAAUGAUGAAGAAGAGUACCCGCCUUGUCUUUGGGACUAUAAUAUUGAUCCUUUCUUCUUUGAUUUUUGA